CAACGCGGAAGCGGAGAUGGAAAUGGAAAUGGAAAGGCGAUCGAGCUAGAGAAGGAAAUUGAAGUGGGUUUGUUGGUUCAUUGAUUGAUGGAGGAGUUUCCAUCGUUCGUCGAGGAGAAGAACGUGUGGGGGAGAGAGAGGGAACAGGCAGUGUAGUUUGCUAAAUGUACGGGACGCGUAAAGCGAUAACCGCCUCAAUAUGUGUUGGUUGCGUGCUUGCUUGCGUGCGUUGAAUUCGGGAAGUGUCUUUACCAAGUCUUCCAGUUGAAAGUCGGGGAUUGUUUGUUUGUUUGUUUAUACCUUCACCGAUUUGUUUGUUCCCAUCUGGGUUUUCGCCACCGACCAGAGCCCAGGCGGUUCCCAAUUCUUCAUCUCCGCCUCUUCCCACUUUAUUCCUUUAUUUUUUGUUCAAACCCAAAAAUAAAUUAAAUAACCCAGACAGAUUGGAUUGGAUUGAACUGGGUUGGAUUGCUUUCUUGUUUUGGUUUCUGGGUUCUCUUGAUUAUGAGACAGUGAUGGAUCUCGGAAGAAGGGGAAGCAUGGCGGUGGCGGUAGGAGCCGUGUUGUUGUUCGGCUGUUUGGCGAAUCUGGGAUCGGCCAAUUUUGUGUUGAACGUGAAACACAAGUUUAAGGAGAGCGAGCGGAGUUUGGCUGCUUUUAAAGCCCACGAUGCCCGCCGCCACGGCAGAAGCCUCGCCUCCGUCGAUCUCCCUCUCGGCGGCAAUGGCAGCCCCACCGAUACCGCGCUAUACUUUGCUAAGAUUGGGAUUGGGAGUCCUCCGAAUGACUAUUAUGUACAAGUAGAUACAGGAAGUGACAUUAUGUGGGUGAAUUGUGUUGGCUGUGACAAAUGUCCUACAAAAAGUGACCUUGGGGUAGAACUGAAACUUUAUAAUCCGAGGGCCUCCUCAACUGGAACUUGGGUUACUUGUGACCAAGACUUUUGUGUUGAGACAUUCAAUCCUACUACAUGCAAGGUAGGGGAAUAUUGUUUAUACGGUGUAACUUACGGAGAUGGGAGCUCAAGUAUGGGAUAUUUUGCUAAAGAUAAUGUACAAUUGGACCGAGCUUCUGGAAAUCUUCAAACCACACCCAUGAAUGGCAGUGUAUCAUUUGGGUGUGGACGUAAACAAUCUGGGCAGCUAGGUACAUCUUCUCAAGCACUUGAUGGAAUCCUUGGUUUUGGACAAGCAAAUUCUUCCAUGAUAUCACAGUUAGCUUCAGCUGGCAAGGUGAAAAAGAUGUUUGCACAUUGCUUGGAUGGUACUAAUGGAGGUGGGAUCUUUGCUAUUGGACAACUUGUACAGCCAAAACUAAAGUCCACACCAAUUGUUCCAAAUCAGGCACAUUACAAUGUUGUCCUGAAGGCACUUAAGGUGGGUCAUGAAGUUGUGCAACUGCCAACAGGCUUCCUUGGAUUGGACGUUGGGAGGUCAAUGGUAAUUGAUAGUGGUACAACCUUGGCAUAUCUAGAAGAUGAUUUGUAUAACCCACUAAUGAAAAAGAUUCUGGAUGCACAACCAGAUUUGAAACUGCAUACUGUUGAGCAGCAGUUCACGUGCUUUCAGUUCACUGGAAAUGUAGAUGAUAGUUUUCCAGCUGUCACAUUAUCGUUUGACAAUUCACUUUCCAUGACAGUUUAUCCUCGUGAAUAUCUGUUCCGAAUUAAUGAUGAUGUGUGGUGUGUUGGCUGGCAGAGUGGUGGGAUGCAAUCAAAGGAUGGGAAGGAACUAAAUCUUUUGGGAGAUAUGGUGCUUUCGAAUAAGCUAGUUUUGUAUGAUCUCGAAAAUCAGACUAUUGGGUGGACCGAAUACAACUGCUCUUCAAGUGUUAAAAUGAGGGACCAACAAACCGGUGCCGAGUAUCUUGUUGGACCCCACGAUCUCUCUUCAGCUUACACUUUGAUCCCCGGCUGGACUUCGAUGUUACUGUUGCUACUGGCAAUAUGGCAGAGUUAAGACUGACAUCGAUUUGUUGGUUUUUGUAUACUGUAAUUCGGUGAAUGAAAAUUUGUACUUCAUAUGAUUCUUUGACUGUCCCAAUAUGCAUUGUUCUGUUCGUGUGUA